UUGCUUGUCGACAAUCAUAUUAUCGCAAGUCUCCAAGCCGUGUAAGGAACUUCUACUACUACUAAAAUACAUAUAUAUUUUUUUAAAUAUCAAAAAUGAGUGUUACCUUCACUGUUACUUUUAGUCUGAUUGAUCCGCAAACUCCGGGCUCUAUUAAAAUAAAUAUCCUACCAAAGGAUAUUGAGACCAUGGCCCACCGUGAGCUGGCUUUUCAGAUCUUCAUUCGAUUCCUGAUGGCUAACAAUAUCAAUAUUGAUAUCAAUAAGAAGGAGAUUGAUGAAAAGAUUGUCUCUAAGAUACUGCAGAGCUUGGUAACUAGUAACAAAGAUGAACGCGAAUCUGCGGUCGCACUCAUGCGUCACGUCUACUUAAAGUGCAUCAAAAUGCGUCCUUAUAUACGCCAGCAGAUCAAUAUAUUAUUUCAUCGAUUUAUUUACGUAAAUGGAAACCUUCAUGGAAUUUCCGAGCUGUUGGAAAUUGCCAACGACAUAAUUAGUGGUUAUAAUACACCACUGAAGGCCGAUAUUGAGGACUUCCUGUUGAAGAUCCUUUUGCCACUACACAAUACCGAUUCUCUGGCACAAUAUCACGGACAGCUAUCGGAUUGCGUUGUACUAUUUGUCUCUAGGUAUCCAGUUCUUACUGCCACCUUUGUUAGGAGCCUUAUCAAGAUUUGGCCAAAGACUUUCACUGAAAAAGAAAUCUUGCUCCUCGACGAGAUCGAAGACAUUCUGGCCACUACCAGUCAGGAGGAGUUUUUAAAAAUGCUGGUUCCGCUGUUCUGUCAGAUUAUAGAAUGUGCUGUGAGUCCGUGCUAUAAGGUUGCUGAGCGUGCUCUUCUCCUAUGCGGCAGCGACGGGAUCAUGAAUCAUAUGGAAAAGAACCAUAAGGCCAUCAUGCCCAUCGUCUUCCCGGCCCUCUACAGAAUCAGCCAUCGUCAUUGCAAUGCUGAAAUAAAGAAGCUCGUCUGCACGGUUCUGAAGAUGUUCUUGAACAUAAACAAGGACCUGUUCAUGAAGCUUAAAAAGGGCAUGACUACUUUGAAAGUAAUUAAUUCUCGAAAAGAAAACAUCGUUAUAUUGGGUAAUAACGAGGAUUAAAGCCAAUGAAAAGCAUUCUGUAUAUUUUGUAAAAGCGAAAGCAAGUUAAAUAAAUGUCCGGAAUUACU